CGCAUUGUGCCAAAAAAUUAUAGAAAUGUCCGCCUUCCCCGAAACUCCACUUCCUGAUGCUCCCCCUCCCCCUGAGGAAGCGGGGGACGAAACUCUGUGGGAAAAACUCUCCGCAUUUAUAAUGCCCGCUGUCACCUUGACGCUAUUAGUGUCCGCCGCUUUUCCCCUGUUUGAUGGAGCAGAAAUUCUGAGUGAUGGCGACACCUGGGAGGCGAUACGUUGGCACGCAUACGCCCCGAGCUCCCUGCCCGCCCGAUUUUCGGUGACCAACGUAACAAUCAGGGUGGAUCGGGUAGCCACGAAAUUGAUCGGGACCGAUUUGGCCCUGAAUUUCGUGCUCGUGCAGGAAUGGGAAGAUGAAAGAUUGGUUGUGAAACGGAAGGGCAAACCUGGAUUGCCAAGCGAUAUAAAAAUGAUGAAUGUGGAAUCCAUUGUGAGAAAAGAUGGGGACUUUACCCCCAUCUGGAAACCAUCCCUGGCCACGGAGCCUGCCCACGUGGCGGAGAAGAGCAGCGAGGCAACCUGGCUGCGGCUAGAUGGCGGGGUGAUGCGAACCCAAUCCCUCAACAUUUUCGCCUCCCCGGCCCCGACUUCCAGUCCAUUCAACGAAACUGACGCUUUACACUACGUCGUCAAGAUUUACUCCACCCGGGAAUUUCAAAAUAGAGUCGCUUUGCAGUGGAACAUCUCCGAACCGUUCAAUUUACUAACACCCACAACUGAAAAUUCAAUCGAUUUGAAGAGAAGCUCAAAUCCUUGGCGGGUUGAUGUUACGAUGGGGCAGUGUGAGAUGCAAGUCAACUGGGGGGAUUCCUCAGCUUUGAGUAAAUUAAGCUGCCUGGAGAUGGGGUUUCAAUUUAGAAAGAUUCAAAGGUCGGAUGAGAAGAAAAACGUCGAAAAUUUAAGCCCCGGUGGUUCCCUUGUAGAACUUCUGUUCACAGUUUAUGGAACGAUAACGUGUAUCAUUUUGUUCCAUUUUUAUCAUAGUUAUUCGCGGACGGAAUUUUUACCUUGAAUUAUGGAGGUUAUGUAUGUCAAAAUUUGAGUUUUGCUGAUUUUUAAUUUUAAUUACGCGAAAAAAUAAAGUUUCGAGACAUUUUACGCACAUCCACAUUUCUUCCAGGCCAGAUUUGUAUCGUCCAAAUAUAGUUACUUCUGUCUAAAUUUUGUUGUCCACAUUUU